AUUAAUAAUUAAAAACUUAUCUGGGGUUAUAAUAGCGUCUUAUUCUCUCCAAUCACCACAUCUCCUCAGGGCGAAAGGCUUUUUACUAACCCACUUAGUUCAGGUCGUGCCCACUUGUAUCCAUGUUGUUAUCUAUUAGUGGAACAACUGCGUUACUUGAUGAAAAAAGAAAGAGAAGAAUCUGCGGAGUCCCCUGAAGAUGGGCGGUAGUCAGAUCUGACUGGGGUGAUGAUUAAAGCCUGACAACAGGGGAGCUGCGUGUGUGACCGACCAACAAAAAAAAAAGUCUGGAGAUUGACAGGCACGAAACCCACUCAUGGAUAUUCCCUCUUUUCCACCAAUGACCCAUUCAGAUUUCAAACCAUGCCAUCUAAAACGGCAAAGGGCUCCUCCACUGCCUCCGCCAAGCCCAGAGGGAAAGGGUCGCAGCCCCGGGAUGACUCCGAGGACGAGCUGGAUGUACCCCCACAAGCAACCAGCUCCAAUGGCCAAGAGGAGGCACCGCCGACCACUGAUCCGUCUCUCGGUGCGGCUGUCGAGGCGGCGGAUAAUCGAGGUUUGGAGGAGAUUCUCGGCAGCAUCCCUCCACCCCCGCCCCCAGCAAUGACCAAUGAACCGGGCGCUCCUCGCCUGAUGAUAACACAUUUAGUCAAUCGCAACUUUAAAUCGUACGCAGGCGAGCAGAUUCUGGGGCCUUUUCACAAGCGCUUUUCCUGCAUCAUUGGUCCGAAUGGCAGUGGGAAGUCCAAUGUGAUAGACUCAAUGCUCUUUGUGUUUGGAUACAGAGCUCAAAAGAUCAGAUCGAAAAAGCUCUCGGUGAUGAUUCACAGCUCUGAUAAACACAAAGAUGUGCAAAGCUGUACUGUGGAGGUGCAUUUUCAAAAGAUCACUGAUAAGGAAGGAGAUGACUACGAAGUUAUUCCCAACAGCAAGUUCUAUGUUUCCAGGACUGCCAACAAAGACAAUUCCUCAACCUACCAUAUCAAUGGCAAGAAAGCCACAUUUAAAGAAGUGGGGGCUUUACUCCGAGGCCACGGUAUUGACCUAGACCACAACAGAUUUCUGAUCUUACAGGGUGAGGUGGAGCAGAUUGCUAUGAUGAAGCCUAAAGGUCAGACCGAGCAUGAUGAGGGCAUGCUGGAGUACCUGGAGGACAUUAUUGGCUCCUGCCGCCUGAAGGAGCCUAUCCAAACCCUGGCCCGUCGCAUUGAGCUGCUCAAUGAGCAGAGGGGAGAGAAGCUAAACCGAGUGAAGCUCGUGGAAAAGGAGAAGAAUGCAUUGGAGGGAGAAAGAAACAAAGCUGUGGAGUUCCUCACUCUGGAGAAUGACAUUUUCAAACUCAAGAGUCAGCUUAGCCAAUAUUAUAUUCAUGAUCUGCACAAGCGUGUAGUGGACAAAGAGCAGGAAAAGCAGAAGAUCCUGGAGGACACAAAGGAACUCACUGAGAAAAAUACUAAGAUUUCAAAGGAGACAGAGAAUAUGAACCAAGAGCUAAAAAAUGUGGAGAAGAAACAAAAUAAGCUCAACAAGUACAUUGAGACCCAGAAGGAGAAGUUCACCCAGCUGGACCUGCAGGAUGUUGAAGUGCGUGAGAAGAUUAAACACUCCAAGAGCAAGAACAAGAAACUGCAGAAGCAGCUGGAAAAGGACAAGGAAAAGCUGGAGGAAGUGCGCGGUGUACCAGCCAGCAGUGAAAAGGCCAUCUCUGAGGCAACUGUUAGCAAGGAAGAGCUGGAGAAGCAGAAGGUGAAACAAGAGGAAAAACUUAAGGAGGUCAUGGAGAGUCUGAAAGAAGAGACCAGUGGCUUGCAGCAGGACAAAGAGACCAAAGAGAAAGAACUGAUGGAACUCAGUAAGGCUGUAAAUGAGACCCGUUCCCGUAUGGACAUUGCUCAAUCGGAACUCGACAUCUACCUUAGCCGUCACAACACAGCUUUGACACAGCUCAACACGGCCAAGCAAACUCUCCAAACCACCUCUGACACUCUGCGGGAGCGCCGCGCUGCCAUCAAAGAUUUAGAAGUCAAGAUACCAGAGAAAGAGCAAGAGCUCAAGAAGGACGAGGGAGAGUUGGAGCAGCUGAUGAAGAUGGAUAAUGACACCAGAGAAGUGGUGAGGGAAAUGAGGCAGAAGGUGGAUGAAGCCAAGAGUUCUCUGUCGUCCAACCGCAGUCGAGGAAAGGUCCUGGAUGCGCUCAUGCAGCAGAAGAAGAGGGGCGUAAUCCCUGGCAUCUUUGGAAGAUUGGGAGACCUCGGAGCCAUAGAAGAGAAGUUCGAUGUGGCUAUCUCCUCUAGCUGUGGCGCUCUGGACAACAUUGUGGUGGAUACCAUCGACACAGCUCAGAAAUGUGUCACAUUUCUCAAAGAGCAGAACAUUGGGGUCGCCACCUUCAUUGGUCUCGACAAGAUGAAGACUUGGGAGAGGAACAUGGCUCCCAUUCGAACUCCAGAGGAGUGUCCUCGUCUCUUUGACAUGGUGCGAGUGAAAGAUCAGAGCGUGCUUCCAGCUUUCUACUUUGCCCUCAGGGACACGCUGGUGGCCCAGGACAUGGAGCAAGCCACGAGAAUGGCCUUCCAGAAGGACAAGCGCUGGAGAGUGGUCACCCUGAGGGGACAGAUCAUUGAGAUGGCUGGUACCAUGACUGGAGGAGGAAGAGUGAUGAAGGGCAGGAUGGGCUCUUGUCUCGGCACUGAGGUCUCCCAGGAGGAGCUCGAUCGUAUGGAGAGCAAGCUGAGCGAGAAAGUGUCAAAGCUGCAGGGCUGCCAGGAGAGAAAGCUGCAGCUCGAGGAGAACAUCCAGCGCCUCCGGCCGCAGCUCCGGGACAUGAAGAACACCCUGGAAAAAUACGCCAAAAGCAUGACUAGUCUUGCUGACCAGGAGACUCACUUGAAACGUCAGAUGAAGGAGCUCGAGGCUAACGUGAUCGCAGCUGCCCCGGACAAGGCCAAGCAGAAGCAGAUGGAGAAGAGUCAGGAUGCUUUCAAGAAAGACUUCGAUGCAGCUUCUAGUAAAGCUGGAAAAGUGGAAAAUGAGGUGAAGAGGCUCCACAACCUGAUUGUAGACAUCAACAGCCACAAGCUAAAGGCUCAGCAGGACAAGCUUGACAAGGUCAACAAGGAGCUGGACGACUGUUCCUCCACCAUCACCAAGGCCCAAGUAGCCAUUAAGACAGCUGACCGCAACCUGAAGAAGUGUGAGGAGAGUGUGAGUCGUGUGCAGCUUGAGCUCGAGGAGAACGGGAAGUCCAUGGCCGAGUUCACAGAACAACUGAAGAAGCUCGAGGAGGAGGCUGGGGAGGUCAUGAAGGCGUGUCAGGAGGCGGAGGCGGAGCUCCCCGAGGUGCAGGAGCAGUAUCAGGGGGUGCUGAAGGAGAUCAAGGCUCUGCAGCAGCAGGAGCACGCUCUGCAGGAGGAGUCCCUCAGCGUCCGGCUCCGCGUCGAGCAGAUCGAGACGACCAUCACCGAACACAACAACAAGAUCAAACACUGGCAGAAAGAGGCCAGCAAGUUGUCCCUUCACACGAUUGAAGACAAACCAGCCGAGGAACUUCCUGUUCUCACUCCUGCCGAACUUGAAGAAAUCUCUAAUCCCAAUGUCAUCAUCAACAAGAUGAUGAGGUCAGAGACGCAGUGCGCUCAGAUGAAGCCAAACCUCGGCGCCAUCGUGGAAUACAAGAAGAAGGAGGAGCUGUACCUGCAGCGAGUGGCUCAGCUGGACGAGAUCACGACCGAGAGGGACCAGUUCAAGCGCGGCUACGAGGAACUGCGCAAGCGGCGACUCAACGAGUUCAUGACCGGAUUCAACAUGAUCACAAACAAGCUGAAGGAAAACUACCAGAUGCUAACGCUGGGCGGGGACGCAGAGCUGGAGCUGGUCGACAGCUUAGACCCCUUUUCUGAGGGCAUCAUGUUCAGUGUUCGUCCCCCAAAGAAGAGCUGGAAGAAGAUCUUUAACCUGUCGGGAGGAGAGAAGACACUGAGCUCUUUGGCCCUGGUGUUUGCUCUGCACCACUACAAACCCACACCGCUCUACUUCAUGGACGAGAUAGAUGCUGCUCUAGAUUUCAAGAACGUCUCCAUUGUUGCCUGUUACAUUUAUGAACAAACAAAGAACGCUCAGUUCAUCAUCAUCUCUCUGAGGAACAACAUGUUCGAGAUCGCAGAUCGCCUCAUCGGCAUCUACAAGACUCACAACACCACCGAGAGCGUGGGAAUCAACCCCAAGACCAUCGUGUUCAAGGAGCACGACGCCGUCACUGCUUAAACCUCAACUGGCUCAUGUUUUCACUGGUUUUGUCUUUCACCGAAGUGUAAAUAUGUGUAUCUUCUUUUCAUUUACACAGGAAUGCUGCUAUUUUCUUACUUUCUGACUUAAUAAAUAUUUCCUGGAAAA